ACUCCGCGCCCACCGCCCCUCUCCCCCUGAAUCUCGGGUGGAGAGGGAGGAGGAACCGAAAGUCGUUGAGAAAGCCAGUCGGAAGUCACUCCCGGGAGCACUUCAGGGAGUCAGACGGCGGGAGGGAGCCCCCGAGAUGUGGCGCGCCGGGGUCCCGCAGUUCCGCGUGCUGCUGCUGCUCCUGCUGGCGUUGCUGACUCUGCCAGGGUAUGGCAACGAGGGGAGCGGAGUCGGUAGUUGUCCUUGUAAUAGCCGCGUGCCUUCCAAAUCCCCUCCAACGGCUCAAAAGUUAGAACAUUUCCGAAAACACCUGGAAGGCUAUCUGCGCUGUGUCCGCGUGGUCAGGUUCCAAUUUCUUUUUGGCACCCGAAGGCAACGCACAAGUGUGUGUGGGGGCAGCAAAGAUCCCUGGGUAUCGGAAUUGAUAAACUGCUUUGAGCGAAAAGAAUGUGGACUUGCUUACUUUGGGAAUAUGGCCCACCAGAAGAGAUUACAUCCCUCCACGGCCCAGGGUCCUGAGUCCACAGAAAGAACACCUUUGAAUAUCAGCACUCCUGUCCAGAUGUACCUCCCACCCACCUUGCAGCCUACCCUUCAGCCCAGCCUUCUAGCAGAAACACCCUCCUUGGACAAAAAGCUCACCUAUUCCAAUGAAACCAUCGAUUCUAGUCUGGAAACUAGGGACAGCCAGAAGCAAGACAAAGUGCGUUCUGCAGUGCUGGUACCAGUGCUGUCCCUCUUGGUCAUCACCUUCAUUCUCACCAGUGUCCUCACCUAUGUGCUGUGCAAGAGGAGACAGCAGUCACUGCAGAAGUAUCCAGGUUUGGAGUUUGAUUAUGCACAUGUGACACCAGAUUUCAACACUUAAGCUGAGAAUAGAAGUUUGUGAGGGCAUGGCCUCCCUGGUGGUGCAGGGGUUAAAGAUAUCGCUUUCAAGCUAUCACCAGCCAUUACCCACAUGGUACAGCAGACCUCUCCUGCCUGCUCGCUGCUCCCCUCAGCAGUGUAUUUCAGUAGAUCUGCCUGUUCUGCUCCCCACUCUCUCUGGUGAAUCCUCUUAUCUACCCCCCACCCCCCCGCAACUCUGGCUUAUACUCAUUUUUGUACCCAUAAAUAAAUAUUUUUUGAA